AUGUUGUCAGUUUUGGAAGAUUACCAGAAAAACUUUCUGGAUUUGGCGCUGGAAAGCGGUGCGUUGAAAUUCGGGUCUUUCACCUUGAAAUCUGGUAGACAAUCGCCAUAUUUUUUCAAUUUGGGGCAAUUUAACACCGGGAAACUACUCUCCAACCUUGCCACCGCGUAUGCGAUUGCCAUUAUUCAAUCCGAUUUGAAAUUUGAUGUCAUUUUCGGACCUGCUUACAAAGGUAUCCCACUAGCGGCCAUUGUUUGCGUGAAAUUGGCCGAAAUUGGUGGAACUAAGUUCCAAGAUGUGCAAUAUUCGUUCAACAGAAAGGAGGCCAAAGACCACGGAGAAGGUGGUAGUAUUGUGGGUGCUUCUUUGAAGGAGAAAAGGGUGCUUAUUAUCGACGACGUCAUGACGGCCGGUACUGCCAUCAACGAAGCGUUUGCCAUUAUUGCGAAAGAAGGUGGCAACGUUGUUGGCACGAUCGUGUCCCUCGAUAGACAGGAAGUGCUCCGCGUUGAGGAUAAAGAACGGUUGAGUGCCACUCAGGCUGUCGGUCAGAAAUACCAUAUCCCAGUGCUAAGCAUUGUAACGCUAGCAAACAUCAUCCAAUACUUGGAUGGCAGAAUUCCACCCGAAAAGAGAAAGGAAAUGGAGGAGUAUUUGCAGGUUUACGGCGUGUAA